AUGAAGCCUACAACUACGCUGCGCACGAUCCUCAGCGCUCUAUUGGCGUCGGCCGCCCUCGCGCGCUCGUGCGACGACGUCCUGCGGCCCGGCACCCCCGAGUCCGUCGGGAUGCUGUCCAAGCCGCUGCGCUCCAUGGUGGGCAACCUGACACGCUUCACCUCGGCGCGGGCCUGGGGCGCGCCGACGCACGGCCAGACGCUGCCCGUGGAGCCCGGCGGCAGCGUGCUCGUCGCGCGGCACGGGCGCAUCGUCAGCCACUUUGCGUUUGGCAAGCGCAGUCUGUGGGCGUCCGUGGCCGGGUCCAACGGCACGCGGCUGCCCCCGGCCGCGCAGGAGGACGCCACCGUCGACACCGUGUACGACCUCGCCAGCCUCACCAAGCUCUUCACCACGGUCGCCGUGCUGCGCUGCUGGGACCGCGGCCUCGUCACGCUCAACGGCACCGUCGCCACCUGGCUGCCCGCGUUUGGCGUCGCCGGCAAGGAGCACGUCACGCUGCUGCAGCUGCUGACGCACACGAGCGGCUUCGACGCCGAUCCUGCCGUCGGCCUGUGGACGCCGCGCUUUCCGACGUACCAGUCGCGCGUCGACAACAUCCUGUCCACCGGGCUCAUCAACGCCCCCGGCGCAGCGUACCUCUACUCGGACCUCAACUUCAUGACGCUCGGGCUCGUCGUGGAAGCCGUCACGGGGCAGACGCUCGACGCCGCCAUCAGCGAGUACACGGCCGCCAUGGGCCUGACCGACACCUACUUCAACCGGGGCAACGUCGAAGGGGCCGCCUCGCCGCACUACGCCCGCGUCGCGGCGCAGGAGUUCCAGCAGGCGGUGAGCAGCGCGUACGAGCCGGCGCGGCCGCAGCCGGUGCGGGGCAGCGUGCACGACGAGAACGCGUGGUCGCUGGCGGGCGUGGGCGGGCACGCGGGGCUGUUCUCGACGGCGCUGGACACGGCGAGAUUCGGGCAGAUGAUUCUCAACAACGGGACGUACGGCGGGGUGCGGGUGCUGAGCCGGGCGGCGGUCGGGCUCGUCUUCACCAACUGGAACGCGCGGUUCGGGCCCGGACAGGCGCACGGGGCCGGGUUCGAGCUUGAUCAGGCGUACACGGCCGGGCCGAUGGCGAAUGGCGCGGCGGCGAGCCACACGGGCUUCACGGGCACGUCGCUCGUCGUGGACCGCGCGAGCGGCUGCGUCUGGGUGCACCUGGCCAACAGGGUGCAUCCGUCGCGGGAAUGGAGCAGCAACAACGUCGUGAGGCGGACGCUGGGCGCGUGGGUGGCGACGGCGCUGGGCCAGACCGUGCAGUUUCCGUAG